AGCACCACUCUCUCUCUGUCUCCGUCUCUCUGGUCACAUGUUAACCAGGCGCGUAUGUUGCGCAUCAGAGGUGCCACAGUGACUUAUGUCGCCUGCCAGCAGCCCGGCUAAAGCAGAUCGGACUGAGGACACUUGAGGAAUGGCCUCUGGACGGGAUGAAUCCAACAUAACCAGGAAUCUGACCAACCAGUUCGUGCAGCCGGCGUGGCGCGUGGCGCUGUGGUCGGUGGCGUACAGCACGGUGCUGGCGGUGGCGGUGUUCGGAAACUUGAUUGUGAUGUGGAUUAUUCUGGCGCACAAGCGGAUGAGAACCGUCACCAACUAUUUCCUGCUGAACUUGGCUUUUGCUGAUGUGUCGAUGGCUGCGUUCAACACGCUCGUCAACUUCAUCUACGCGACGCACGGAGAGUGGUACUUUGGAGAGGUGUACUGCAGGUUUCACAACUUCUUCCCGGUCACCGCUGUGUUCGCCAGCAUCUACUCCAUGACCGCGAUAGCCCUCGACAGGUACAUGGCCAUCAUCCACCCCCUGAAGCCUCGUCUGUCGGCGAAGGCCACUAUGGGAGUUAUCGUCUGUAUAUGGAGUCUAGCUGUAGUUCUGGCUUUCCCUCUCUGCUACUACUCCACCACCCGCGCUCUGCCCCGGAGGACCCUGUGCUACGUGGCCUGGCCCCGAAUGGCUGGUGACCCCCUCAUGUAUCAUAUCAUAGUUACAGUUCUGGUCUACGUGCUGCCCCUAGUGGUGAUGGGCAUCACUUACACCAUCGUGGGCAUCACUCUGUGGGGAGGAGAGAUCCCAGGAGACUCAUCUGAUAACUAUCAUGGACAGCUCAGGGCUAAAAGGAAGGUGGUGAAGAUGAUGAUCAUCGUGGUGGUGACCUUUGCCCUCUGCUGGCUCCCCUAUCAUGUCUACUUCAUUGUGACAGGUCUAAAUAAGCGUCUGAGCAGAUGGAAGUACAUCCAGCAGGUCUACCUGUCAGUGCUGUGGCUGGCAAUGAGCUCCACCAUGUACAACCCCAUCAUCUACUGCUGCCUCAACAGCAGGUUCCGGGCCGGCUUUAAGCGGGCUUUCCGCUGGUGUCCCUUUGUCCAGGUGUCAAGCUACGAUGAGAUGGAGCUCCGAAACACAAGACAUAGACCGGGUCACCAGAGCAGCAUGUGCACUCUCUCUCGGGUCGACACCAGCAUCCUCAGCAAGGACAAGAGCAUUUGUUCUCGUGGACGUAGGUCAAGACUUAACUCUGAGCUCAAUAAUAAAGACAGUUAGUUGUCUUGACUGGACGCAGUCCAGCUCUAGGAUUAUUUUAACAGAUUAUAUUGAGCUGAGAAAUGCUGAUUGGACUGUUGAUAGUGUUAAUUAACUCUGAUGGGUGUGGUAAAUGUUUUGAAGUCUGGGCAUAGUGUCUCUGAUGAUGUGACACAGCUUACGGAGGCAGUUCAGGUACUUUAAACCAACAAACAGACAUGACACACAUAGUUUUAGAUACAGUGUGACUUACACUUUCCAAGGACAUUAUUAUCUCACAUGUUCAUCACGAAUAAUGUUCAUAAACCCUUGUUAACCCUUAAAUAUCAUAGAAAUAAGAUGUUAUUUAUAACUGCAGAACUUGCCUGGGAAUCAUCAAGUUUUUGAGUUUUAUUCAAUACUAGUCCAUACCCGGGGAUGUGUUAUGUAUAGAGGAAUAAGAAAUCAAAAACAGUGUAUUAGAGGAAAUGAAAAAUCAGAGCACUGUAAAUGCACUGUGUAAUAAAUGUUACUGUAAGACAAACAAUGCACACUGUAUUUAGAAACAUGCUUUAUGGCAAAAUACAUGGAGCACAGUUUUGGCUGACGGCAUGGAGGCACGCGCCUGCGCGGGGCCGUGCACGGGCACACAGGUACACACAUACACAUGCAACACCGAGAAAGAAUGAAAGAAAUAGUGCAAAGUGCACAGCGCAAUGUUUAGUUUGUAAUAUUUGUAGGCUAAUGCCAGUAAAGUGAAUAUACGUAAUGGCUGGCUCGCGCACACAGACACAGACGCGCGUUCGUUCAGUAAAAUAAUUACCUUAGUCUUCAGCAAGUGUUGGUGCUUGAAAUUGCAUGUCCCAGCCAUAAACUGUGGUCCGAGUGCAGGUGUUUUCCAAGUGGUUUCGAUCCAUAAGUGUUGGAGAUAAAGGCUUCCCAGCCAAACUGUGGUCCCAGUGCAGGUGUUUUCCAAGUGAUCUCCGUGCAUGCGUAGCUUGCGCUGCUAAUGGUGCUCACAGUAUGAAUGGGUAGUGGGAAAAAAUCGUGAAUAUAAACAGUAGAAAUGUGGGAAAAAUGCAAAAAUGGCAUCGUGGCUGUCUGCACAUGACCGAGAUGAAAGCUUAUGUGCAAGUUCAGAGAAAUAGGUCAAAGCAGUGAGGAGGAAAACGGAUGAUGACAGACGGACGGACGGAGGGACAGAGGUUUCUCCAUUUAAUAGUAGGAGGACAAAAGUACUCCAGUUAUAGUUGUCUUUACAUCCAUGGGUACACUGCAAACUGUAACUGUUUAUCUCUAUAUCAGCAUAAUUUCAAUGGUGCCAAUUUGCCAAAAUGUUAAAACAAAUCUAUUGGUAAAAUAUCCCACUGAGCUCAAAUUCAUCCAGCUGUCAUACAUCUUUUUAUACUUAUUAUUAUUUUUUAGAUAUCGCCAAAUACUUUGUCAGCAUCACAAACAACUUUGAGCUGCUUUGAAAAUUUUAUUAUCACAUUGGUUUAAUGUUACACUAAGUGUGAUGUGAUCAUAGACUGUAUAAAAUAAGGAUGUGAUGUAAUAUGGUGGUAUACACAUUUGAUUAAAUGCUCUAUUCAUGGUGUAUUUAAUGCCAUCAGACCACCACUCAGUGGAUUUCAGCAGCUGCAGCAUCAGUAUUAAUGCUGCUCUUCCAACAUUAAAUCUAUUAUAGUGACUCUCCGAAAUUAAGCAACCCUUGAUUCACAAGUGCUUGCUGCUGUCAUUUUUGUUAGUUGGAGAAAGCAUGUGCCAUUUUAAAAUGAACUUGUUUGGGACUGUUGUUAGUUACUAUUAUUUAAUUUUGUUUUAUGUUUGUUUGUUUGCAUAUAAGUGUUGUAUGUGUUAUAAUAUUAUGAUGUUUUGAUGCAGACACAAACACAUAAACUCAAAUUAUAUAGCCAUUACAGUGAAUUUGUGUUUUAUUGUUUUGUUAUGAUGUAGAUUAAGUUUGAAAAUGUAAAGCCAGUUCAGUUAAGUUCACUGAACUUGAGAUAACAAGUUUAGUAGAGUUAAGAUUUUACGUUCAAUCGAUACUUGUAUGGUUACACUUAUAUAUACCAUUUACAGAGUUAGGAGUCCGUUCUUCAGUCUACACUAGAAUCUUUACGUCUCUGUAGCUGCGGCUGCUCUUAUUGAAGCCACUUUGCCCAGAGUAUCAGCAUGACACCUGCUCCACCUGCUCCAUCUGUCAAUGUCUAUCUUGGGCACUAGAGUAAGGACUGAAUUUAAUACCCACCUUCAUCAUGGUUUUCAUUGUUUGCGUAAACAACCAUGACUUCAUUUAACAUGUAUUAAAGACAAACAUGUUUUCAUCAUGUCUCUUUCCUUCAAACCUUUAAAAAGAGGCAUCUCCUAAGAGUUUUAACUCUGAAACAAUGUAUGUUGGGAUGUCUGCUAAAAACUUAUGUAUUUGCUACUGUUGAAACAAUAGGUGAUAGCAUUAAAUCUCCGUAUCAGGUUUUACAGUCUAUUAGGUGUAUUAGUGACUAUGGAAAAGUGGCAUUAAUCUCAUGUACCUUAACUCAGCAACUCAACCAAAUUGCAUGUGCAGUUUCAGUGUAGUGUCGGUCUAUUGAUGUGCUGAAAAGCAUGUCUUAUAAAUUAUAAAUUACCACUGUAAUAUAGAAUGUGUCAACAGCAUUUUACAACCAUUGUUUAAAGAUCUGCUGAGCAGGGUUUAUCUAAAUCUUUGGACUUGUGUCCUCCUCAGGUAGUUGUCUGGACUGCAGACAUAUUUAUCUCUAAAGAAAUUAAC